AUGUCGCCCAUUGCCUUCAACCGGUCCAUCUUCUCUUCCAGCCGCGCUGCUCCGGUAGACCUUGAAGCGCAGACGUCCUCUACCACCAGCCCAGCACCGGUUACUUACCUGUCGUCGCCAGCCCGCGCCGCUACACACGAACCCCAUUCACUCCCCUUACGGUCGUCCGUAAAUAUGGUUGGAACGACCAAUCCCCUCGACGACUUUUUCGGAGUCACUGCGCCCUCAAUGUACCGCGUCGGGAACCGCGAAAGCCGACACGACUCCGGGGCCUUGCUCCCCAUGACUGAGGCAGACUUGCCGCCUCCAUACGAAAUACUCCCCGCGUACACGGAGUCACGGAACGAGGAGCCCACCACGCUCGCAAAAUACAUGUUCCUGUAUGGUUUCUUGUUCCCACCAUUCUGGAUCAUCGGAACAUUGAUCCUCUUCCUCUCCCUUUCCGCACCUGCCGAAUGGCACGCCGAGAAGCCAGAGAUGGAGAGGCAAGAGUUGCUGAACAUCAUGCGGAGGACCGAAGUCAGGUGGGCGAAGCGAUGUGCCUUUGCCUUGGUCCUCCUGCUAUUGGUUGUCGGUGUGGCAGUUGGAGUUGGCUUUGGAGUGAUGCGAGCAUGA